AGCUUCAUUCCAAUCUAUUCCAAAUGAUCCAAUCAAACGACCCCUUAAAGGGUAGAGGAUGACAAUACCUUGUUUGGUUAGUGGAUAUGAAUAAAUAGAGAAUAAAUAACAAAAUACAAAAUUACCCUUACUAACCUCUCUCUUCUAACAUGUUCAUUAAUGGCAAAAAUGUCAUUUUCUAUCAAUUUUCAUUCUCAUCCAUUUACUAUCUACCCUUCCUAGGUAAUAAAAUAGUGGAAAUUCACCCCAUUUAUUUUCAAUUUCAUUCCUUUAUUUAUUCUCAAUCCCAUCUAACAAACAAAAGAAAAUUCUUUUGAGUUGGGAUUAAAUUCCAAAUCUCACCCUCAAUUCCCAUAUACAAAAACUUAAACUCCAAAAAACAAAACUCUAAUCUCCACAUGCAAGUGUAGUUGAACUCAAAGUCGAAAUCCCAUCAUUCAUAGCCUCUGAUUCCUCAGCGCGGGAUUCACAGACAUUCACCCACACCUAGAGAGAAAACUCCUACAAGAGAGAGAAAAUGUUAGAGUGAGAGUGAUACUCUAUAACUUCAACAAACAGAAAAAUUAGCGCUACAUUUCCUGCAAUUUACUUACUCAAACCCUAGAAUUUCCAUUCUUAGGGUUCCUCUUUUUCUUUCAAUUUUGCUUUCUUCCGAUCCUUUUCUCAAGAAUUUAGGCUUGUUUUUGUUGUUCGUUUGCGUUCGAAUUAGGUCAAUUCUGGCGGAAUUCACAUCUAGGGUUUGAUUUAUUGUAAGUUUAGGUGCCUGUUUUUGAACUGCUGACCUGCAAUUUAGCUCAGAAUAUUGAGUUUUUCAGGAUGCCUGAAAAAAUGGGUAGAAUGUCGGAUAAAGAAAAGAGUAGAAUUGCUGAAAAAAUGUCUGAAUUCAUAUUGCUUAUGGGGUACAAUGCUGAUUUCCAAGUUGUUAUUGCGAAGGAACUUGGUCGGCAUAUAUGGAUGAGUUCAGAAAAUCUAGGUAGAAAACAAUGUAGAGAGCUUUUGUAUCUUUUGUACAUGGCUGAUAGCGCGACCUUGUUAUCCUAUACGGUUUCAUUGGGGAAGAUAAUUUGGUGUAAUCAUUUGAAGGCCAAAAGAAGGGCCCACAAAAGGAAGCUUUUGGAGAAGAUAAAACAGCGGGAACUCGGAAGAGAGAAGAGGAAGAUGAAAGGAAGGAUGAGGUUAAUGGUAAUGGUGAGCAGGGGAGGGAAGAAAUGGAAAGCAGGCCCGGGAUUGUGGGCUAGGAUAGGAUUUCACUUGAGGCCAAUAUUUGUGUAUAGGAAUGCAAGGCCUAGGGUUGUAAAGCGCAAUGUAGCGGUUGGUAGUCGGGUAUAUAGGCUUGCUCUUGCUAUGGGUUUUCUGUCAUUCCGUAAUCUUUGUGUCACAUCCGAGUGGGAAUUUUGGGCUGUCUGCCUUGUUCAGCAAGUCUUUGGCUUUUGGAGGAGUAUUGCGAUUGGAGGAGGGUUGAGUAGUUCUUAUACAAGUGUUGCUCAUGAGUUUGGAUUGGAUGUGGUUCCAUGUGAUGUUUUUGAGCGCCUUCAGAGCUGUUUUCGAUGUUCUUCAACUACUCGCUAUCCAGGGUAUGGAAGAGAAUUUCCAUAGGGCUGGAGAUAUGAGCAUGUGAAGGUUUUCGCUGAUGUGGAUGUAAAGGGGCUCCUACUGGGAUGCAUUAGUCGUGUUUGUGUCUGAUCUGACUGGAUAACUGAAGAAAGAGUUUCCUGCUUUCUAUAUUGAGGAUGCGGCAUUUUAAUGGCAUAACUAAUGUAGGUACUGGAGAAACCCUGCACUUUGUUGAUUAGGAUUAACUGAUGUAAAUAUGAUACACAAGAAUGAAGUACAUGAGAUUGAGAUGGAAAAGCUUAUAUGUGAAAUUGUAAACACAAUCUUACCAUUCAGUCUGAUUUGAUACAUACUGUAUGAAAUGCAAAGCCUGUAUUUAAUGUGUUCAGCUGGAUGAAGAUUUAGUUACUUUGGUA